GGCUGAAGGCUUUACUAGCGAUCAACUCCGAUGGCAGACUUUAUAGACGAACUACUUGUGUUGCGAAACAGUUUUUACCUGGGCUCGUGGCAGCAGGUCAUUGACGAGGCCUCGGAUCCUUCGAAAGCCCCACGGACAGAUGAAGCAAAGCUUCAACAGCGCGUGCUAUUAUAUCGUGCAUGCGUAGCUCAAGGCAAGCCGGAACGUGCCAUUGCCGAGAUUCGCGAUAACGAUGCACCCGAACUUCGAGGGGUCAAAUGUCUUGCACGCUAUGUUAAAGCCGCAUCUUCCCAAAACACGUCCGAAAAAAGCAAGGCUGUGCAGGAUAUUACCACACUGGCUGCAGAGGGCACAAAUGGGCUCAGCAGUACUGUACAAGUUCUGGUUGGGUCUGUCCUGUACGCUGAAGAGCGUUAUCCUGAGGCAUUAAAAGCCGCGGUACAAAGUCCCCGAAACUUGGAAUGUGUCGCACUCGCUAUUCAAACAUAUCUUAAAAUGGACCGCCCCGAACUUGCCCGCAAAGAAGUCGAGAAAUUGAAGACCUGGGCCGAUGAUGCCACAUUGGCGCAACUAGCUGAAGCCUGGGUUAACUGUUACAUCGGAGGAGACGAAAAGAUACAAGAAUCUCAAUACAUCUUUGAGGAACUGGCUUCAUCGAAGCUUAGCACCGGUCGACUGGUUGCUGGACAUGCUAUCUGCAAGAUGCAGGCUGGAAAUUUUGCAGAAGCAGAACGACUACUACUAGAAGCUCUCAGCAGAUACGCAAGCGACCCCGAUGUUAUAGCUAAUCUGAUUGUAUGCGCAACUGCCACUGGGAAAUCUGCGGAAAUUCUCUCCCGAUACACAAGUCAACUUAGACAAGUCGCUCCGCAGCAUCCCUUGCUGCAAGAUCUCGUCCUCAAAGAAUCGCUUUUUGAUCGGGCUGUCCAACGAUAUGUAUGAGCAAGGUGCCCGAUAUGAUAGGGAGUACUGAACACAAGGACCGUUUAUCGUCGUGCCUCUGUAAUAUAAAUUUAUCGAAAUGAAGUCGAGCUAUCUACGCGCGAUAUAUAUACACACUUUAUAUGAGAAAUUCUGAUGUGCUUCACUGCCAG